AUGACAGAUGAACUUGAUAACUUUGAGAAGGAGUUUCUGCAGACCCAUAACGAGUACCGGGCCCUUCACGGGGCCCCGCCCCUGACCAUGAACACACAACUGUCUCGCUCUGCACAGGCGUGGGCUGAGCAUCUGCUGUCCACAAAUGCUAUGCAACACAGCAAGGGCAACUACGGAGAGAACCUGUUCUACUCCUGGAGCUCCCCACCUAAAACCCCCACUGGGCGUGAAGCUGUGGAUAAGUGGUACAGUGAAAUUAAAGACUACAACUUCAGCAAGCCUGGCUUUGUCUCGGGCACAGGUCAUUUCACUCAGGUGGUGUGGAAAGACAGCAGGGAGCUGGGAGUUGGCUUGGCCACGGACGGUGAAACCGUAAUCGUGGUGGGCCAGUAUCUACCGGCUGGCAACAUCACCAAUCCCGGUUACUUUGAGAAGAAUGUCUUGCCCAAGGGUUCGCACGUAGAGCCGGGGUCUGGCAAGCACGACAAAGCAGGAGCUUCCAGCGGUGCUGCAGGUGUCCGACCAAUCGCAGACUCUUCUUCAGGGCCACCAGAGGGCAGUCACGACAGCUCAGACACUGAGGCUUUGGCAGAGUUCCAUCGCUCUCUGCUGGAUGUCCAGAACAAGUGCCGAGAGAAGCACAGAGAAGCAGCCCUCACUCACUGCCCUACGCUCUCUCAGGAGGCUCAGGACUGGGCACAACAUCUCAUCCGCGUUCGCACUCUGAUGAGCAGUGACAAAGGUUAUGGACAGAACGUGUCCAGCCUGCAGACCUCCACCAUGCACCCACCCACAGGAUCAUCAGUUGCUGAGUCACAGUACAAAGAAAGUUCGAAGUGCAAUUUCUCUUCCCCUGGCUUUCAGAGUGGAGCAGGAAAUUUCACUCAGAUGGUCUGGAGGUCUUCUGAGCGAUUUGGGGCAGGCCUUGCCACCGAUGGAAAAGGCACAUUUAUCACAGUGGCUUUUUUUGAGCCCCCUGGCAAUGUGACCAACCCAGGCUACCUCCAGGAGAACGUCAGGCCUGCAGCGCCAGUGAUUCCCGGUCCCCUGGCUGACGAAGGACCCCGGGACAUGCUUCUUCCGGCUCUGGAGAUCGAUGGCACGCCUGCCCAUACGGUGCGCGCUGUCCUCGACUCCAGACGGCGUCGGGGCCACGUGCAGUACCUGGUGGACUGGGAGGGGUACAGUCCCGACGAGCAGUGCUGGGUUCCCCUCUCCGUCAUCCUAGACUUCCACGCUCAUCUCUGA